GGUUCCUGGCAGCCUUUCGACAACCCGGAGCCGCAGUCAAGUCCGGAAUUCGCUCCGGGAACGUCGGCUUGGACCCGGAUUUGUGUCGGGCAUGCACACGAUCGCCACUGAUCGAACCGGAACGAGCUUUUAGCGCUUAAUUGGUGUACACGUGACGGGCACGUGAUCAUGACCUUGAGUGCAGUGAUUUCGGUUGUGUGGUAACACUGACAUUGCUGCCAAACGACCAUUCUUGCCCGAGGGAGAAAAAGCGACUCGAUGGAGCUUCACCUCUAAAAAAUUAUGGAGGAUUUCUCGAUAAGAAUGUGGCUUUGGGUGGGAUCGGCCCUUUUCCUGCUAGGACUCCUGCAGGAGGCCACGCCGGGACCCGCCUGCAGGAUCAGCGAGUUUCCGUGCCGGAACGGCAGGUGCGUCAAACUCAACGCCUACUGCGAUGGAGGCGACGAUUGCGGAGACCUCUCUGAUGAGCCUCUUUACUGCACAGUGUGCAACCGGACUUACUACGGGGACGUCGGUAAAACAUACGACCUGCGCGUCAUUAAGUCCUCGGAGACGAGGCUGCCCUUCCUUUGCCAUCUCACGUUCACCGCCAACGGCCAGAGCCACGGAGAUAUAGUCCAGCUAAUCUUCGACGAAUUCAAGGUGGGGCGUUACGAGGCCUCCGCCCUGGACGGCUGCCCCGACGGUUACAUGCAGCUAAGCGAACUGGGCCGUCCCUUCACGGGCGGUUCCUGGUGCGGCACCUCCUCCGGCCCCGCCGCCUACUACAGCGAAACAUCCACCGUAACCGUCACCGUUAAACUGUUCGGUUCCCCGCAGAUCCCGUUCAAGUUCCAGCUCCGUUACCGUUUCGUGUCCCGUCGCGAAGCCGUCGUCCGGUUCGGUUCGCCGGCAGCCCCCCUCGAGCGGGGGCAAGUCGCCCCUGGCACCUACUGCACCCGGCAAUUCGAAGAGUGUUACCGUAAACCAUGCCGCCUCCAAUCCCCCAACUACCCUGGCAUGUACCCCCGGAACGUCUCCUGCUACUGGAGUUUGAGGCAAAAGUUUGUCCCGACAUGCAAACACGCAAUGAUCGCGGUACGUCAAGAAGCCGCCCAUAAAAUGCACAUGAAACGCUCAAUCAACGUGGCUGGGCUUAACAAAACGGCAAGGGCUUUAAGGGCGUGGCGGGACUGUACGGGGGAACGCGACCACUUGAUUUUUUACGAUGGGGGGUCGACGAAUGACCCGGUUUUGGCCAAGUACUGUGGAGGGGAUUGGUUACCGAAGGUGGUGUCACGUGGCCCGGAAAUGCUGGUUGCGUUUCACUCCUCCCCUUUUAGCAUCCCACUACACUCCCCUCCAUCGCAUUCCCCCCUCCGUGGGUUUGAACUUGACGUGGAUGUGAUUUUUGCCGAUUCGGAUUCACUCGAUUAUUCUCGGCAAAGCCGAUGUGAGUUUGACGUAAACGCGACGAGUCCCGACAGUGACGAAAUCUGGACGGGGCGUGGCCGAAAGGGACGUAUUGUGAGUCCCCGACACUCCCUCCCACCCAAUACAACAUGCACUUACAAAUUCCAAGGCUAUCCCCAUGAUUUAGUCUGGAUUAGUUUCGUUUCGUACAGUCAGAGAGCGCUACUAGUUGGGGAAAGUGCGCACGCGUUACUUAGCAACAGUAGUUUGGGUGGGGGAUGCUCGACACGCCUCCGGAUUUGGGACGGGGCUCUCCUAUUGGAGGAUAAAUGUGACGAACCGCCCCGUUUGUGUGACCACAGCGCGUUAACCAAUGCCACGCGAGUCACACGUCCCUGUACGCUGGAGGAGAGUUACUUAUCGACGGGGCGGAGUCUUGUUUUGCAACACCAUACUGAGGAUGGCACCGCCCUCCACCCCGCCUCGUUCCGCCUCAAAUACGAAUUUAUCGAUACUAGACUGGGGGGAGACCCUUGGCCGGGGAAAGAACAGGAGACUUGUCACCGCAUUUUCCGCAAAAAUCACUUGGGAGAGCUGACCGGACCCCGCAAUGUGUUUUUGUACGGCAGAGGCGGGGCUAAGGACCUACAUUGUGUUUACCGCUUUGAGGCGGAUCCGGGCGAACGCGUCCGUUUGAUCGUAAAUAACGCGAGUUUCGGGUUAGUACCAAAUUGUGAAACAGUGAUGGACCCUCAUAGUGGGCGUCCGGUGUGCGAACACUACUCCAGUAGUCACGUGACCGAACUAAGCGUGUGGGAACUACCCUGGAAAGACGUCCGCAUGCCUCGCGGGUGUCUUUGUGAUAACUCGUCCUUGAGUAGCAAACCACUAGUGUUCUUAUCAGCGUCGAAAACUCUCGAAUUGCAUUUCACUGCCAAAGACAUGAACAUAACCGACGAUUUCACCGUUUUGCACUUCCACGCGACCUUCGAAGUGGUCAAAAUGCCCGACUGUCCCCGCAAACAACGCGUCCGCGGAUAUGGAGGCGACGUCCAAUUCAACACGCCCCCAAUCGACCGCAACGAGAUGCUCUGCGUGGGGAUGCCGUGGUUGAUUGAAGCGCGCCACAACCGUUCCUUGUUUCUCUUAAGUUGGGGGGCGUUCCUCCCGCUCAAGCCCCGCCUCGAGGAACCCACCCGCUGUCCCACCUCCAACCGCGUAUUGGUCUACUCCGGCCGGCCCCCGAAACUCGUUCGUGCGGUUUGUCCAGCUGAGCCUGGGGCCCGCCCACUGGCCGUCCACGUGUUCAGUGAGGAGUGGUGGGGCGAGGGUCUGGCCACUAUCCACCAGCGUCCCCCUAACUUCAUGGUCGAGUGGGUGGGGUCUGAGCCGGGAAUCUCGGCCUUUAGUUGGUUGGAGAUUUCGCGGUCGAGGUCAUCGCUGUUGCAGCAGCUCCAGGUCCCGGUGAACGUCUCCGCCAAUGAGACCGACUUCGAAUGCCCGCACAAGUGCCCCGAGCUGGAUGCCUGCAUCAGUGCUAGUUUGUGGUGUGAUGGGAAGGAUCAUUGUCCUUCGGGGUGGGAUGAGUCGGAGGCGCAGUGUGGGGUGGGGAGUAAGUUGUUGACGACGUUGCCGGGGGCGGCGCUGGCGGCGGCCGCCGCUGUCAUUUCCUCCGUUGCGCUUUUGGUCUGUCUGACCUUGCACAGGUUGCGGGCUAGACGCAGGAGGAGAUUAGCCAAGAAGAAGCUUCUCACUGGACCCAGGCUGCUGGAUAACAGCCUGAACUCUUGACACAAGGCGCCGCCCGUCGAGUACAUCCACGUCGAUCGGGAAACGACCGUAUGAGGUCGACUCUUUGUCGGUUCGUCCGUCCCUAUGCUCACUUAUUAUCUACCGGUGCCUUUCAGUGAUUCCAAGAGGGGGAGUGGCGGCUUCGAGAGCGAUUAGACCUCAAAAUAUGCCGACGGGCACAAAGCGAACGCGUUUCAAUCAAACCAAACGAUUGUAUCUUUUUCAGCAAGCUCGGAGAGCGAUUAAACCGUUAUUCAUUUUAAAUCCACGCCUUUUGAUAUAUUGUAAUAGUGUUUUUAAAAAUACCGUUACCAAAUUUCGUUACGGUCGAGGCUAAUUGAUUUGUUUAUUUAUUUUUUUUUAAUAAAAUUGCGACGCUGCGCUCACUCGUUUUGGCAAACAUUACGCUUGUUAAACAAGGUCGGUGUUUUCAUAGCAGAGUUCGUAAAUAACUCUUAAACAAGCUCUCUUGUCUUAAAAACGUCGAUUAAGUUAAAAAAUUCUGUCCCGAUUAACAAUGAGGGAAAAUAUUUCCACUCCGUGAAAGAAGGAUCAUUUCCCGUGUCAAAGCUUUGUGUUCAAAGCCCCAGCGCAGCCUUUGUGCCCCACUUCGAAGCCUUCGCCACCCCCCAGUGAGUGAAUGCAGACAAGACAAUCGAAUAAACCCUCAAACAGGUCGUUCUUAUAAAAUCUCGUGCCAAAAUCUGUGUGUCCUAGUGCGAGACUAGUGUUCCAAUUAAAAAACUAGUUCCGAAUUAGUUGACUCGAGCCGUUUUUACCAAGGGUGUGAUUUCUUGUGAUAAAUUUUUCGAAUGGUUGGAGUUUUCAUGGAAGAUUCAGUGUGAUUAUUUGGUUAAUUUUUUCAAGAGGUGUAAAUUAAUUUUGAACAAAUUUCGCGUGCGAGCGAGACGGGACGAUUGCUUGAAUAUGCAGUAGGCGCGGGAUGAAAUAAUUUACAUUCAUGGCAAACCCUGAUGUGAUCUACACCACAACACGAAUUUUUCCCCGUCUCGUGAUGAUAAAAAAAACAGAACGCAAACUUAUGAUAGACCGGGACUGCGCUCCUGCAUUAUUAAAAUUUUAAACAGCGUUGCUAGCGCAAUAAAUACUUUCCUAAUUACCGAGGAAAUUCCUCGAACAAAACGACUCCACUUAAUUAACAUCGCCCUUAAAAAUAUUUUCUUUGCGAAAUUUAUCGCUUGCUUCAAUAUGGCGGCCAUUACUCAUCCCGUAUCGCGGCAGGCUUUGCCCCGCCAUAAAUACUUGAUAACAGUGAAAAGUAGAGAGUUGUAACGUUGUUACUUUGUCACUGGACCGUACUUUUAAGCCGGUGAAAAAUUCCGGUUAUCAAGUAUGGGAUUUUCCUGGCGCCACUACCAAAAUAGAUCGCCUAGAAAAAUAUUUCUUUUUUCAUUUCUCAAGUCGAGUAAAACAUUCACAAAUUUGUGACCUAAGUAAUUGCAAGUUUUCAAUCGAUGGGCGAAUUACGCGGCGCUGACUUGGUUAAGUUCUGUCAAAAGUGUUGUGGUUUGCUUAACUUUGUAAUGAAAUUAGUAUUUUUCGCAUCUCUCCCUCCAAACUUGAAUCAAACUUCUGAUUUUAAAGUGAAAUUAAAUUCCAGUGGGAAAUUAUUUUAAAACCAUUAAAACGGAAUAUUUUAACCGUAUUUGAUGUUUACGUACAUUUAGAUUUACGUCUCGGUUGGCUCUAAACUCCAAAGUUUUCCGAUAAUUACUCCUCCACUAGCAGAGUCGUCUAGUUUUCGACAGCUGUCGCUUUUUCGCUCUAGUGGAGUAAACAUUUUUGCCUUUGCAUUGCGAUAAAUAUCGCGUAUUUUCGUCGUCAUCGCUCCAAUUACGCCCAAAACUAAGCGCGAGUGAUUGAUAGAGCAGUCUGUUCCGAACAUUGCGAAUUGUUAACUCAAUCGUCUGCGAAACGUCAGACAAGCAAAAAUUUAUUCUGUUUACACUUGUUUUGUUAUAAUUACGAAGAGAAUUUUUCACGCUCGAACGGCCAGCGCUUUAUUCAAUUUGGACGAACGUAAAAUUAUCGAGAAUUUUGUGUUAUGCCCUCGUAAAAAAUAAGAUCGAGGCGAUUUGGCAAAACCGUUUCAAGGUUUAAUGGAGGCUUUAUCACGAGAUUGGCGUUUUUACGAGCGAUGGUUUCAAAAUUCAUAAGAAAAACGGGGACAAAGUUGGGCCAUGAAGUGGAAAUGCGGACGGGUUUACAAUUUUCCGACAAAAAUGCUUUUAUAAAGCGACUAAUUUUUCUGAUAGUGACAUAAUUGAAUUUUUAAUUUGGAACAGCUGAUGCGUCAGAUAAAAGGCAAAUUUAAUUUAUCUGCACUCGAAAUUAAACAAAUUAAUUUAUUAUUAAUUCAAUGCAGCGGAAACCGGUCCACUGUUUGAUUCUGCCUAAAACGAUCAAAAUAAUAAUUCAAAAAAUUGACCCAGAGGUUAGGAAAAAAUGCAUUUUUGCCAAACCAAGUCCGAGAGUAAUUUAGACAACUGCUGUUUUUGUUGCUGAAAUGGGCCCAAUUGACGUACUUUACACUUAAUUUUUACAAAAAUCUCCGAUUUUCCGAUUUAAGUUUAAAGAACUCAGUUGUUUGUUGUGAAAUUGAGAUGAUUUUCUGGUUAGUUAGCUUUUGAGUUAUGAAUUCAUUAAUAAAUAACCCGGCGCAUCCACCAUUUUUAGUUGACAAAUUUUUUUUAAAUAAAUAAGAAAGUAUUGGAAAAGAGCUGGUAUUCUAUAUAAAAUGAGACGCAGAAUUUACCGAAAUAAACAGUUUAACUGUACGACUAUUACUUUUUGAGUCAUAAAUUGUAAUUAAAAAAAAUUUUGCCUGGCGCAUCCACCAUUUCCAAGCAAACCUAAUUUUUUAAAUAUGUUCUCGAGUAAGCUAGUGUUGUAAAAUAGCUGGUAUAAUAUGCAGAAUGAGCCGUAGAAUUCAGUGGAAUAAACUGUUGUGCUCUACGACUUUUUGUUUUUGAGUUAUAAAUUUUUUAAAUAAAUUACCCGGCGCAUCCACCAUUUUUCAAGCUAACAUAAUUUUAUUAAAUAUGUUCUCGGGUAAGCUAGUGUUGUAAAAUAGCUGAUGUAAUAUGCAGAAUGAGCCGUAGAAUUCACUGGAAUAAACUGUUGUGCUCUACAACUCUUUGUUUUUGAGUUAUAAAUUUUUUAAAUAAAUUACCCGGCGCAUCCACCAUUUUUCAAGCUAACAUAAUUUUAUUAAACAUGUUCUCGAGUAAGCUAGUGUUGUAAAAUCGCUGGUAUAAUAUGCAGAAUGAGUCGUAGAAUUCAGUGGAAUAAACUGUUGUGCUCUACGACUUUUUGUUUUUGAGUUAUAAAUUUUUUAAUAAAUUACCCGGCGCAUCCACCAUUUUUCAAGCCAACAUAAUUUUAUUAAAUAUGUUCUCGGGUAAGCUAGUGUUGUAAAAUCGCUGGUAUAAUAUGCAGAAUGAGCCGUAGAAUUCAGUGAAAUAAACUGUUGUGCUCUACGACUUUUUGUUUUUGAGUUAUAAAUUUUUUAAUAAAUUAUAUAUAUUAUAUAUAUAUAUUAUAUAUAUAUUAUUUAUUAAAUUAUGUUUUUGAGUGUUCAAAAAUCUAAAAUCUUAGGAUUUGAAAACACAAAAUUCGCCAAAAUUUGCCAAAAACGCCUAUUCUUCCCACUCCACACAAAAUUCUAGUGCAGAGAAAUUAAUUUCUCCCAAUAAAUAGUCCGUUUGAGGGAGUUUUGUCGGUCGCAAAAACCUUAAAAGCGUCUCCUCCGUCUUGUCAAGUCUUAAAACCGCUCGGCCUUUAAUUUAUGUCCUUUAGCCAUUAGCUGUCCACCCUAAGACAAGCACAAAGUCGAUCGCACCCCAAUUAAAAAUUCCGCUUCCCUGAAAAAACUCAUCCUCUGUUCGUUUAAUUUAUUAUUAAUUGGAGCAAACAGCUUCGGAACGCUUACAGGAGCAAAUAUUAACAAAUGUAAUUAAGUUGCUCAGCGGCCAGUCCUCCACAAUAAGAUAACCUAUUAACAAUAAAGCAAAUAUUAACAUCGUAUACAUGACCCAACUAUGUAAUUUCGCAUUAACAUAUGAAUAAUCUGUAUGUGUUGUAAUUAGAGUGCUAUCUGACUCGGGGCGCAUUUAACCUAAUUGCAUGCUAAAUUUAUAGACACACAUUGGAAUUUUCCAUGAAAACUUGGGGAAAACUUCGAGCCAUAUGUAGUUAUGAUUGUGAAUAGACGAUUUAAAAUUGUUAACGUUGUAAAUACGAUCCGGGGAAGAACCGACGGUUUCACGCCAGAGGGCGCUAAAUCGGAUCAUCCCCGCAUUAGCGUAUAUAGUUAUUAUAACGAGAUUUCGGUAAUGGCGGACUUAAGUCGGGAUUACAGAGCACUGUAACCGCAACAUGGCGUCGCACACAACUGCCAUUUUUAUUCAGACGCGCUGUACAUAAAUAACUAUGAUAAUCAAGUAGGAUGAACAAAUAAAUAAGAGUUGUAUGUAGAUAGUACUGCACUUUAUAUUGUAAGCAAUCACCAAAUAAAUAAAUUAUUACUAAAC